AUGAAUGGGGAGACGUACGAUAGGUACAUGAGAGCCAUGAUCCCGAGCAUUGCCAGAGCUGCGGCCGUGAAGGGGCGGAAUCCAUAUCUUCUUAUGGAUAACGCCCCCUACCACAACAAGACCAGAUAGAAAGUAGGAAAUAACUCAUCGGGGUAGACGGAAUCAUCACUGUUUUCAGCCGCCAACGACCGGAUCCAGAAAAGAUGAGAUCGUCCAGUGGCUCAAGGAUCACGGCGUGCAGUUCGAUCCGCGAUCGAAGAAGAACGAUCUUCUCUCUCUCUCUAUCCAAGAGUUUCCUGGCCGCCAACGGAGGCAGAGAGGCGUUCACAGUGUACGAACUCGACGCGUGGCCGGAUGAGUUAUGGGGAGUUCGAAUUAUUAGACUCCCUCCCUAUCAUUGCCAAUGGAAUCCCAUUGAGUUCCUGUGGGCACAGCUGAAGUUCUACCUCCGUCGACUCGGCCACACAGAUGAUCCCCUAGAACUGGGGGUAACGCAGCUGCAAUAAUUACAUUGUUAUGUCUUCAGGUCCGAAAUAGAGGGAUUCUAUUUUUCGAGAACUUCAACGGAUUACAGGAAGCUGCGCUCUUCGAGCAUUGCCGCCGAGGCGAGAGACAAGUGAGGGACAUGUUGGAGGAGAAGAAGAACAUGGUCGAAGACAGCGAUUUCAAUGACGGUCUCUCCGAUUGCUCCCUUUUUCUUGACAAUUUUUCUGAUAUUCACGACUGA